CCGCGCGGAGGUUGCCGCGGUGACGGGCGGCGGGCGCGCAGUGCCCGCGGGAGGGACGCGCGUCCCGCGGCAGCGAUGGAGCCGAGCCUGGCACGCGUGGAUUACCUGCAGGUGGGAGUCACUGCGCAGAAGACGAUGAGGCUGCUGCCCGCCUCCGGGAAGAAGGCCACGCAGAAGGUGGUUGUUGGAGAUCAGGAUGGGGUCGUUACAUGUUUUGGCAUAAAAAAGGGUGAAGCUGUGCCAGUGUUCAAGACACUACCAGGACAAAGGAUCUCCAGACUGGAGCUGGGAGGAGCUCUUAAUACACCACAAGAGAAAAUUUUUGUGGCUGUAGGAUCUGAAGUCAGAGGUUUCACAAAAAGAGGGAAGCAGUUUCUUUCCUUUGAAACUAACCUUACUGAAAGCAUCAAAGCUAUGUACAUCUCAGGAGCAGAUCUCUUUCUCUGUGCCAGCUACAUCUAUAACCAUUACUGUGACUGCAAGGACCAGCACUACUUCCUAUCAGGAGAUAAAAUCAACGAUGUCCUCUGCCUUCCUGUAGACAAAGUUAACUGCAUCACACCGGUGCUUGCGUGUCAGGACAGAGUGCUCAGGGUGUUACAGGGAUCUGAUUUGCUGUAUGAAGUAGAACUUCCUGGACCACCUACUGUUCUUGCUCUGAGCAAUGGAAAUGGGGGUGAUUCUGGGGAGGAAAUUGUGUAUGGGACUUCUGAUGGGAAAUUGGGUCUCACCCAGAUUACUGGUACCAAGGCAAUACCAAGGUGGGAAAUUGGAAAUGAAAAGAAGAGAGGAGGUAUUCUGUGCAUUGAUAGUUUUGACAUUCUGGGAGAUGGAGUUAAGGAAUUACUUGUUGGACGAGAUGAUGGAAUGAUAGAGAUUUAUAACUUUGAGAGUGCUGAUGAUCCUGUCCUUCGAUAUGAUUAUGCUUUAUCAGAGAGCAUUGCAUCAAUCCAGGGAGGCUGUGUGGGAAAAGAUGGCUAUGAUGAAAUUCUAGCAGCAACAUACUCAGGCUGGCUGACAGGACUGACUACAGAACCUGUCCAUAGAGAAGGUGGAUCAGGUGAAGAACUUAAAUUAAGUCAAGAAAUGCAGAACAAGAUUUCAUCCUUAAGGAAUGAGUUGGAACAAUUGCAGAUAAAAGUACUUCAGGAACGGGAGAAAUACCAGCAGUCCUCUCACUCCAGCACUGCAGUCUCCUCAGUGCCUGCCUUCAGUGUCAAUGACAAGUUCACACUGAACAAGGAUGAUGCCAGCUACAGCCUCGUCUUGGAGGUGCAGACAGCCAUAGAUAAUGUCCUGGUGCAGAGUGAUGUCCCACUGGACUUGCUGGAUGUGGAUAAAAAUUCUGCCGUUGUUAGUUUUAGCAGCUGUGAUUCUGAGCCAAAUAGCAACUUUCUUCUUGCAACUUACAGAUGCCAAGCAAAUACUACAAGACUUGAACUUAAGGUUCGCUCGAUUGAAGGACAGUAUGGGACACUUCAAGCGUACAUAACUCCCAGAAUCCAACCAAAAACCUGUCAAGUUCUUCAAUAUCAAAUUAAGCCACUUUCACUUCACCAGAGAACUCAUUCUAUUGACCAGGACAGGCCCAUGAAUACACUGAUGCUCAAAGGCCAGUUCAGUUUUGCUGAAAUUCACUCCUGGGUUGUGUUUUGCUUGCCUGAGGUGCCUGAAAAGACUCCUGCUGGAGAGUGCAUCACCUUUUAUUUUCAGAACACUUUCCUGGGAACACAGCUUGAAAGUACCUACAGAAAAGGUGAGGCAUAUUUUAAAUCUGACAACAUCUCUACAAUAUCCAUCCUCAAAGAUGUGCUUUCCAAAGAGGCUACUAAAAGGAAGAUUAAUCUCAACAUAUCAUAUGAUGUAAAUGAAGAAUCUGUGAGGCACACAUUAAAGCUUAUCCACCCUAAAUUAGAGUACCAGCAGCUGCUGGCCAAGAAGGUGCACUUAAUAGAUGCUUUGAGAGAAUUACAAGUUCAUGAAGGCAACGUGGACUUCCUGCUCCCAAAAUACCGCAGCAUUUUGGAAGAGGCAGAUCAGCUGCUGGAGGAAUACAAGAGACAACCUGCACAUCUUGAGAGACUUUAUGGUAUGAUCACAGAUCUCUUCAUAGAUAAAUUUAAAUUUAAAGGCACCAAUGUGAAAACCAAAGUUCCUCUCCUUCUGGAAAUUCUGGAUGGCUGUGAUCAAGAUGGAUUGAUCGCUUUUUUUGAUGCUGCCUGACAAGGAAAAACCAGAGUAAUUUUUCUGGUUUUAACCAAGGCAUUUUGGUAUCAAGUCAAAAACACUUUUACUCUUUUGUUGUCUUGUCAGCUCUUAGGUUUUAUUCAUAUUUAUUAUCAUAUUGGAUACAGUAGGAAACUUCAUAUAAAGUGUUGUGUAUGUUAACUGUGUGCAGAGGUUUUAUGUACAGUGCUAAUAGGUCAAGAAAGAUCAGAUGUAAAUACCAAAGAUCCUUUUGGGAAAAAUGUUUUCACGACUGUUUAAGCCUGUCCUCCCAGCUGCAGGAAUGGAUGAAGAAACUGGUUUCAAGAAACUUGGAUGGAUUUGGAAUAAAUCUGUGUGUUUAAGCUGUA